AUUAAUUUUAACUAGCAUUAUCUAUUUCUCCGUAAUUUCCGUAAACGGUAUCCUAUUUGAAAAAUCAAUUUGCCGUGUAUAAUUUUACGCUCGUUACCCAUCAAGACUAAUGUCAACAUAGCAAGAUUGAAAUUGCGCUAUUCAUAACAAUACUCGAAUUUACUAUAAUUUGAAUAAGACGCGAACAACUAGAGCGUACAAAGAGUCAACCAGAAACGCUCGUUGUUAUCUCUUUCUCGGUAUUUAUAUAUUCGUCGAACACAAUCGAGUCUUCAUAUCUUCGAAAUGUGAAAUAGAAAUUUUAACGACAUAUAUCGCGAACAUUACCGAUUGUUUUUCUUUUGCGCUUUAUAACGAUAUAGUGUCAUUCUUAAUUUAUUGAGGAUCUUGUCUCAUGUAUAGUAACACGCAUAAAAAGUAACAAAAGUUUAAAUAGCCAUCUGAACAUAAAAUGUUGAAGAUUACAUUGCUUCUUAGUGCGUUCGACAUUAUUCGAUGCGAGAUGCAGACAACAAAAUUAGAAAGGACUGUAACCGAAGCACCGUCUUGUAGUAAUCCGCCCCAGUAUAAUUUACCGGAUACGUACAAGACAGAGCUGAAGAGCAUAUCGUUUCUACCUUAUCUGAAUUCUCCGAAUAUACGCAAACAACAAUCGAUUCAACGCAGUUAUGGUGGGUUUGGCUCGUCCGCACCGGCUUAUUACCACGCUUUUGAUCCCAUCAGCGUAUUAGCGUCAUUGGCGUUCUUGGCAUUUUUGUUACAAUCAUUUGCCACGCUUUUUGAACGUUCGAGAUCAAUCUUACCGACGAUAAUUAGUGGCAGACAGUCGGCCGUAGACUUGAAAGUUCCAGAGAUUCCAAAACACGUGUCACAUGCCUUGCGGGAAUAUGAAAAUCUCAAUGAUGAUUUCAAGAAGAAGUAAUUAAUAAUAAUUUUUUGUAUAAAGUAAUAUUUAUCGUUUUUCGAGCGAUUUUUAUAAAUUUACAUAAAUAAUUUAUUUUUUCUUACGGAUACAUCAAGUAAUCGAUAUUCUCCAUACAGCAAAAAGCUUGUCAAGAUAUAUAAAGUAAUUUAAUUUAUAUUUUCACUUGUGUGAUGUAAAUCUUUAAAUAUAAGUUUAAUAUACAAAGCAUUUUAAUAGUAAAAAUGCCUCUCUCUCUUUUUCUGUCUUUGGCAGAUUAUAUAUAGCUUUGCAUUAAUUAUAUAAUAUACUUUUCGAAAACAAUAACGAAAUAUAGAUCACAAUUGUUGAACAGUAUCUUGUUUUAUUUAUGCAUCAGUGUUGAAUAAAAGAAAAUAAGUCAUGUAUAUAUAUAUAAAUGCAUGAUAUAGUUCACAAAUUAUAAAAU